AUGCGUGAAGUAAUCAGUAUCAGUGCUUCGCAUAGGACCAAUCACUUGCUUACUCAAUUCUACAAUGGACAGGAACAACUGCUACAGGACGUCGAUGCUGAAAAUGAACCCGGGGUAUUCCUGAAUCCAGUGGUCGACAGGAUCUCCAAGACCGUGUCGUACACGCCUCGGGCAUUGCUGUGGGAUGCUAAAUGCGGGACCGGUGCUCUGGGCACUCGCCAAUACGAAAAUACACAUGAUUACUACUUUGAUCCAGACCACAACCCUUCGGAAGCCAAGCAAGCAGGCGUGGAAAUUGUGCAAACGCACAAAAAGAUUCCCAAGUCAGAGUACCAAGUGGCUCUCGACUCCAAUGGCCAUCUGCCAGUUUUGAGCGAUUCAAAUACAAGGUAUUGGUCUGAUUACAGCAAGCUGGUUUUCGGCCCGUCGAAUCUCAAUACUUUGAAUGAUUGGUACCACGAUGUGGAUAAUCCCUCUGCGCCCGAUUUCCAAGAUCUACAUCAAACAUACUUCAGCAGCUACGACGUUGGCUACCAGGAGUUCAAAACCAACUAUUGUGCGGACUUCUUUGACGAUAAACUGCAUUCACAGCUGGAGUCUUGCGACGGACUGCAAGGACUAAAUUUGCUCUCCGAAAUGGACAACGGUUGGGGAGGCUUUUCAUCGUGUUUGCUGGAAAACUUGCGGGACGAGCUACCCAAGACUGACGUUAUAAGCUGGGGGUUCAAUAAAGACGAUGCGUUAAGUCUGAACCAGCCAAUCCGCUCUACCAAGACCAAAUUUGAGUUGAUUUGCAACAAAAUCCGUUCCACUUUGAGUAUUGUCCGUGACUCCAACCUCUACUUCCCACUGUAUUCUGACCCCAGUCUAUCUUUAUGGAGGUCUGCGGGAUGUACCGACCUUUUGUUUGAUGCGGUAAACUCUGCAUCAUCCAACAGAGAUGCCAAGAAACGCACGUCGUUCAACCAUAUCGUCGGACUUUUAACCCAGGGAGAGACUCACCGAAAUGUGGUGUCCAAACUCGAUAUAGAGGAAUUGGACUUCUCGUUCUACUCUCGAAUUCCGCGCCAGAAGACCAGCGGCACCAAGACCUACGGCCAACUCUUCAUUUCUCGAGACCCGCAGAGCACCAUCGAAGAAACUUCCACAAUAAAAACAUACGCAUGGCAGCCGUCAGACACAAUCCCUGAGGAAUACAGAAACAAGACGACAUACACAGCCAGCCUCGCUGUCACCGAAAAGCCUAGAGAUGUUUUCAAAAACUGGCUCAAUUUGGUUUCCCGGUACUUCAAGUACGAUGCCGAUAGAGAAGAGUUGAAAGAAGAGCUUGGAACUCUCGUUAAUACCUACGAAGAAGGUUGGUAUGAUGAUGACGAUUCCGGGGACGACCUAUAA